GUCUGUCAAGCGAUUGCAGACUUCAAGGACUACGAGGAUAUCCAAGAGCACGGAUUGGCUGCGCUGGCCAACCUCGCUUGGGAUAGUGCAGAGAACCAACUUCAGAUCGGAGAUCUCGAGGGCUGUGAGCAUGCGAUUGAGAUGAUCUCUCUGCACAAGGAGAACACCCGCGUACAGGCCUUCGCCUGCGCUUUGUUACAGAGUGUCGCAUGCGACAACCCAGAGAUGCGCGUGAGGAUCGGUGAGAUGGGCGGCGUCGAAGCCAUCAUUGAGGCAAUGCGGGCGAACCCAAAGGCAGCGAAUGUUCAAGCUUUCGGCACAUCUGCGCUGCAAAGUCUCGCGGUGCAGAACGUCGACAACGUCCGGCGCUGUCACAAACAAAAG